CGUCCCAAGGAUCAGAAGGAAAGGUAUGUUAAGAUAAGAUUGUGUAUAUGUUUGUAUGCCUUUUUGUCCAAGUUUCCUCUAGGUGGCGUCCCAAGGAUCAAGAAGGAAAGGUAUGUUAAGAUAAGAUUGUGUAUAUGUUUGUAUGCCUUUUGUCCAAGUUUCCUCUAGGUGGCGUCCCAAGGAUCAAGAAGGAAAGGUAUGUUAAGAUAAGAUUGUGUAUAUGUUUGUAUGCCUUUUUGUCCAAGUUUUUUCUAGGUGGCGUCCCAAGGAUCAAGAAGGAAAGGUAUGUUAAGAUAAGAUUGUGUAUAUGUUUGUAUGCCUUUUUGUCCAAGUUUCCUCUAGGUGGCGUCCCAAGGAUCAGAAGGAAAGGUAUGUUAAGAUAAGAUUGUGUAUAUGUUUGUAUGCCUUUUUGUCCAAGUUUCCUCUAGGUGUCGUCCCAAGGAUCAAGAAGGAAAGGUAUGUUAAGAUAAGAUUGUGUAUAUAUUUGUAUGCCUUUUUGUCCAAGUUUCCUCUAGGUGGUGUCCCAAGGAUCAAGAAGGAAAGGUGUGUUAAGAUAAGAUUGUGUAUAUGUUUGUAUGCCUUUUUGUCCAAGUUUCCUCUAGGUGGCGUCCCAAGGAUCAAGAAGGAAAGGUAUGUUAAGAUAAGAUUGUGUAUAUGUUUGUAUGCCUUUUUGUCCAAGUUUCCUCUAGGUGGCGUCCCAAGGAUCAAGAAGGAAAGGUAUGUUAAGAUAAGAUUGUGUAUAUGUUUGUAUGCCUUUUUGUCCAAGUUUCCUCUAGGUGGCGUCCCAAGGAUCAAGAAGGAAAGGUAUGUUAAGAUAAGAUUGUGUAUAUGUUUGUAUGCCUUUUUGUCCAAGUUUCCUCUAGGUGGCGUCCCAAGGAUCAAGAAGGAAAGGUAUGUUAAGAUAAGAUUGUGUAUAUGUUUGUAUGCCUUUUGUCCAAGUUUCCUCUAGGUGGCGUCCCAAGGAUCAAGAAGGAAAGGUAUGUUAAGAUAAGAUUGUGUAUAUGUUUGUAUGCCUUUUUGUCCAAGUUUUUUCUAGGUGGCGUCCCAAGGAUCAAGAAGGAAAGGUAUGUUAAGAUAAGAUUGUGUAUAUGUUUGUAUGCCUUUUUGUCCAAGUUUCCUCUAGGUGGCGUCCCAAGGAUCAGAAGGAAAGGUAUGUUAAGAUAAGAUUGUGUAUAUGUUUGUAUGCCUUUUUGUCCAAGUUUCCUCUAGGUGUCGUCCCAAGGAUCAAGAAGGAAAGGUAUGUUAAGAUAAGAUUGUGUAUAUAUUUGUAUGCCUUUUUGUCCAAGUUUCCUCUAGGUGGUGUCCCAAGAAUCAAGAAGGACAGGUAUGUUAAGAUAAGAUUGUGUAUAUAUUUUUAUGCCUUUUUGUCCAAGUUUCCUCUAGGUGGCGUCCCAAGGAUCAAGAAGGAAAGGUAUGUUAAGAUAAGAUUGUGUAUAUGUUUGUAUGCCUUUUUGUCCAAGUUUUUUCUAGGUGGCGUCCCAAGGAUCAAGAAGGAAAGGUAUGUUAAGAUAAGAUUGUGUAUAUGUUUGUAUGCCUUUUUGUCCAAGUUUCCUCUAGGUGGCGUCCCAAGGAUCAGAAGGAAAGGUAUGUUAAGAUAAGAUUGUGUAUAUGUUUGUAUGCCUUUUUGUCCAAGUUUCCUCUAGGUGGCGUCCCAAGGAUCAAGAAGGAAAGGUAUGUUAAGAUAAGAUUGUGUAUAUGUUUGUAUGCCUUUUGUCCAAGUUUCCUCUAGGUGGCGUCCCAAGGAUCAAGAAGGAAAGGUAUGUUAAGAUAAGAUUGUGUAUAUGUUUGUAUGCCUUUUUGUCCAAGUUUUUUCUAGGUGGCGUCCCAAGGAUCAAGAAGGAAAGGUAUGUUAAGAUAAGAUUGUGUAUAUGUUUGUAUGCCUUUUUGUCCAAGUUUCCUCUAGGUGGCGUCCCAAGGAUCAGAAGGAAAGGUAUGUUAAGAUAAGAUUGUGUAUAUGUUUGUAUGCCUUUUUGUCCAAGUUUCCUCUAGGUGUCGUCCCAAGGAUCAAGAAGGAAAGGUAUGUUAAGAUAAGAUUGUGUAUAUAUUUGUAUGCCUUUUUGUCCAAGUUUCCUCUAGGUGGUGUCCCAAGAAUCAAGAAGGACAGGUAUGUUAAGAUAAGAUUGUGUAUAUAUUUUUAUGCCUUUUUGUCCAAGUUUCCUCUAGGUGGCAUACCAAGGAUCAAGAAGGAAAGGUAUGUUAAGAUAAGAUUGUGUAUAUGUUUGUAUGCCUUUUUGUCCAAGUUUCCUCUAGGUGGUGUCCCAAGGAUCAAGAAGGAAAGGUAUGUUAAGAUAAGAUUGUGUAUAUGUUUGUAUGCCUUUUUGUCCAAGUUUCCUCUAGGUGGCGUCCCAAGGAGGAAAGGUAUGUUAAGAUAAGAUUGUGUAUAUGUUUGUAUGCCUUUUUGUCCAAGUUUCCUCUAGGUGUCGUCCCAAGGAUCAAGAAGGAAAGGUAUGUUAAGAUAAGAUUGUGUAUAUGUUUGUAUGCCUUUUUGUCCAAGUUUUUUCUAGGUGGCGUCCCAAGGAUCAAGAAGGAAAGGUAUGUUAAGAUAAGAUUGUGUAUAUGUUUGUAUGCCUUUUUGUCCAAGUUUCCUCUAGGUGGCGUCCCAAGGAUCAGAAGGAAAGGUAUGUUAAGAUAAGAUUGUGUAUAUGUUUGUAUGCCUUUUUGUCCAAGUUUCCUCUAGGUGGCGUCCCAAGGAUCAAGAAGGAAAGGUAUGUUAAGAUAAGAUUGUGUAUAUGUUUGUAUGCCUUUUUGUCCAAGUUUCCUCUAGGUGGCGUCCCAAGGAUCGAGAAGGAAAGGUAUGUUAAGAUAAGAUUGUGUAUAUGUUUGUAUGCCUUUUUGUCCAAGUUUCCUCUAGGUGGCGUCCCAAGGAUCAAGAAGGAAAGGUAUGUUAAAAUAAGAUUGUGUAUAUGUUUGUAUGCCUUUUGUCCAAGUUUCCUCUAGGUGGCGUCCCAAGGAUCAAGAAGGAAAGGUAUGUUAAGAUAAGAUUGUGUAUAUGUUUGUAUGCCUUUUUGUCCAAGUUUCCUCUAGGUGGCGUCCCAAGGAUCAGAAGGAAAGGUAUGUUAAGAUAAGAUUGUGUAUAUGUUUGUAUGCCUUUUUGUCCAAGUUUCCUCUAGGUGUCGUCCCAAGGAUCAAGAAGGAAAGGUAUGUUAAGAUAAGAUUGUGUAUAUGUUUGUAUGCCUUUUUGUCCAAGUUUCCUCUAGGUGGCGUCCCAAGGAUCAAGAAGGAAAGGUAUGUUAAGAUAAGAUUGUGUAUAUGUUUGUAUGCCUUUUUGUCCAAGUUUCCUCUAGGUGGCGUCCCAAGGAUCAGAAGGAAAGGUAUGUUAAGAUAAGAUUGUGUAUAUGUUUGUAUGCCUUUUUGUCCAAGUUUCCUCUAGGUGGCGUCCCAAGGAUCAGAAGGAAAGGUAUGUUAAGAUAAGAUUGUGUAUAUGUUUGUAUGCCUUUUUGUCCAAGUUUCCUCUAGGUGUUGUCCCAAGGAUCAAGAAGGAAAGGUAUGUUAAGAUAAGAUUGUGUAUAUAUUUGUAUGCCUUUUUGUCCAAGUUUCCUCUAGGUGGUGUCCCAAGAAUCAAGAAGGACAGGUAUGUUAAGAUAAGAUUGUGUAUAUAUUUUUAUGCCUUUUUGUCCAAGUUCCUCUAGGUGGCAUACCAAGGAUCAAGAAGGAAAGGUAUGUUAAGAUAAGAUUGUGUAUAUGUUUGUAUGCCUUUUUGUCCAAGUUUCCUCUAGGUGGCGUCCCAAGGAUCAAGAAGGAAAGGUAUGUUAAGAUAAGAUUGUGUAUAUGUUUGUAUGCCUUUUUGUCCAAGUUUCCUCUAGGUGGCUUCCCAAGGAUCAAGAAGGAAAGGUAUGUUAAGAUAAGAUUGUGUAGAUGUUUGUAUGCCUUUUUGUCCAAGUUUCCUCUAGGUGGUGUCCCAAGGAUCAAGAAGGAAAGGUAUGUUAAGAUAAGAUUGUGUAUAUGUUUGUAUGCCUUUUUGUCCAAGUUUCCUCUAGGUGGCGUCCAAAGGAUCAAGAAGGAAAGGUAUGUUAAGAUAAGAUUGUGUAUAUGUUUGUAUGCCUUUUUGUCCAAGUUUCCUCUAGGUGGCGUCCCAAGGAUCAAGAAGGAAAGGUAUGUUAAGAUAAGAUUGUGUAUAUGUUUGUAUGCCUUUUUGUCCAAGUUUCCUCUAGGUGGCGUCCCAAGGAUCGAGAAGGAAAGGUAUGUUAAGAUAAGAUUGUGUAUAUGUUUGUAUGCCUUUUUGUCCAAGUUUCCUCUAGGUGGCGUCCCAAGGAUCAAGAAGGGAGGUAUGUUAAAAUAAGAUUGUGUAUAUGUUUGUAUGCCUUUUGUCCAAUUUACCUCUAGGUGGCGUCCCAAGGAUCAAGAAGGAAAGGUAUGUUAAGAUAAGAUUGUGUAUAUGUUUGUAUGCCUUUUUGUCCAAGUUUCCUCUAGGUGGCGUCCCAAGGAUCAGAAGGAAAGGUAUGUUAAGAUAAGAUUGUGUAUAUGUUUGUAUGCCUUUUUGUCCAAGUUUCCUCUAGGUGUCGUCCCAAGGAUCAAGAAGGAAAGGUAUGUUAAGAUAAGAUUGUGUAUAUGUUUGUAUGCCUUUUUGUCCAAGUUUCCUCUAGGUGGCGUCCCAAGGAUCAAGAAGGAAAGGUAUGUUAAGAUAAGAUUGUGUAUAUGUUUGUAUGCCUUUUUGUCCAAGUUUCCUCUAGGUGGCUUCCCAAGGAUCAAGAAGGAAAGGUAUGUUAAGAUAAGAUUGUGUACAUGUUUGUAUGCCUUUUUGUCCAAGUUUCCUCUAGGUGGCGUCCCAAGGAUCAAGAAGGAAAGGUAUGUUAAGAUAAGAUUGUGUAUAUGUUUGUAUGCCUUUUUGUCCAAGUUUCCUCUAGGUGGCGUCCCAAGGAUCAAGAAGGAAAGGUAUGUUAAGAUAAGAUUGUGUAUAUGUUUGUAUGCCUUUUUGUCCAAGUUUCCUCUAGGUGGCGUCCCAAGGAUCAAGAAGGAAAGGUAUGUUAAGAUAAGAUUGUGUAUAUGUUUGUAUGCCUUUUUGUCCAAGUUUCCUCUAGGUGGCCUCCCAAGGAUCAAGAAGGAAAGGUAUGUUAAGAUAAGAUUGUGUAUAUAUUUGUAUGCCUUUUUGUCCAAGUUUCCUCUAGGUGGCGUCCCAAGGAUCAAGAAGGAAAGGUAUGUUAAGAUAAGAUUGUGUAUAUGUUUGUAUGCCUUUUUGUCCAAGUUUCCUCUAGGUGGCGUCCCAAGGAUCAAGAAGGGAGGUAUGUUAAAAUAAGAUUGUGUAUAUGUUUGUAUGCCUUUUGUCCAAUUUACCUCUAGGUGGCGUCCCAAGGAUCAAGAAGGAAAGGUAUGUUAAGAUAAGAUUGUGUAUAUGUUUGUAUGCCUUUUUGUCCAAGUUUCCUCUAGGUGGCGUCCCAAGGAUCAGAAGGAAAGGUAUGUUAAGAUAAGAUUGUGUAUAUGUUUGUAUGCCUUUUUGUCCAAGUUUCCUCUAGGUGGCGUCCCAAGGAUCAGAAGGAAAGGUAUGUUAAGAUAAGAUUGUGUAUAUGUUUGUAUGCCUUUUUGUCCAAGUUUCCUCUAGGUGUCGUCCCAAGGAUCAAGAAGGAAAGGUAUGUUAAGAUAAGAUUGUGUAUAUGUUUGUAUGCCUUUUUGUCCAAGUUUCCUCUAGGUGGCGUCCCAAGGAUCAAGAAGGAAAGGUAUGUUAAGAUAAGAUUGUGUAUAUGUUUGUAUGCCUUUUUGUCCAAGUUUCCUCUAGGUGGCGUCCCAAGGAUCAAGAAGGAAAGGUAUGUUAAGAUAAGAUUGUGUAUAUGUUUGUAUGCCUUUUUGUCCAAGUUUCCUCUAGGUGGCGUCCCAAGGAUCAAGAAGGAAAGGUAUGUUAAGAUAAGAUUGUGUAUAUGUUUGUAUGCCUUUUUGUCCAAGUUUCCUCUAGGUGGCGUCCCAAGGAUCAAGAAGGAAAGGUAUGUUAAGAUAAGAUUGUGUAUAUGUGUGUAUGCCUUUUUGUCCAAGUUUCCUCUAGGUGGCGUCCCAAGGAUCAAGAAGGAAAGGUAUGUUAAGAUAAGAUUGUGUAUAUGUUUGUAUGCCUUUUUGUCCAAGUUUCCUCUAGGUGGCGUCCCAAGGAUCAAGAAGGAAAGGUAUGUUAAGAUAAGAUUGUGUAUAUAUUUGUAUGCCUUUUUGUCCAAGUUUCCUCUAGGUGGCGUCCCAAGGAUCAAGAAGGAAAGGUAUGUUAAGAUAAGAUUGUGUAUAUGUUUGUAUGCCUUUUUGUCCAAGUUUCCUCUAGGUGGCAUCCCAAGGAUCAAGAAGGACAGGUAUGUUAAGAUAAGAUUGUCUGCAUGUUUGUCUUUUAUUAAGAUGAUUUAUGUUUAUAUUACAGAUGGAGGAGCCCAGAUGAAAGUUCAGUACUAGACCUGAAGGAAAAUUGUUUCAUUUUAGUUGGCAGAAAAUGAUGAUGCAAAAAGAGCAGAGACACAGACAAUUGCGCCAUUGAUAAAGAUCUGGAAAGAAUCUUAAAGGAAGGAACAAGUGUCAGUCAAGAUGGCAGAUGAGUAGCAACUCCAUGGAAGAUGAAUUAGAUCUUCAACCAAGUCCAAGGCUUUGCCAUGUAAGCAGCAAGCAGCAAGGAUAGCAGCUGGAUUGAAGAUUUAUUAUUACAUUGAUCUUCAACUAAGUCUGAGGCUUUGUCAUGAAAGAA